CAGAAGGAUGGCCUGCAGUGUUGACAGUACUUUGGACAUCUGCCAGGCAGAACAGGAUUCUGAAUGUUCCAUGGAGGAUGAGAAUGACACCAGUUCAUGCAUGGACAAUGACUUUGAGACAGUUGAGAUGGAUUUUGUUGGGCACCUCAUCAAACACAAUUGGGUAGACGAACCUGCAGAAAAGAUAACUUUAACCAGGAAGCGAUGGUCUGCUGCAACUCAAAGAGUGCUGUCAUCCAUGCCAAGUCGCUCAGUGGAAUGGACUGGUGUGGCUGCCCACUCUUCUCCGAGAGUACAAUCCCAAGCUUCCAGCAACAGAGACAUAGACAAAGAUAGAGUACCUCAGAGGAAGCAUCUGCUGGCGACCCUGCAGGCUCGGUCUGUUGCUGAGUGUGCACGAAUGCUGCGAUCUUUACCUCUAAGUCUGAAAAAGAAGCGUGAAGUCAGAGCACAAUUCAGUUGUGAGAGAGGAAGGCAAGAAACUUCUACAAAGGACUCAACAAGAAGCCACUUUCCAUCAUGGCUUGGAAAGAGGCUCAGUGGUGCCCAGCAGGGUGUUCAGUCCCUGCUGAACUCUGUGCAGCUUUGGCAUGAGGCACUGAAGCAAGUGAGUGGCCGCUUUGGGACUGGAGUACUCUCUUAUUUCCUGUUCCUCAGGACUCUCCUGCUGUAUAACUUCAUCCUCUCUAUGAUCACCAUCCCCUUCCUGGUGCUACCUCAAGUAACCCGUCCUUCACAUGGCAGUUCCAACAAAAUCAGCUUCACCGGACUCGAGAUUCUUACUGGCACUGGUGUACUUACUAACUCCUUGAUGUUUUAUGGAUACUACAACUAUACAGAUGGCUGGAGACCUGGCAAAACUGAGGCUUACAUCAAAGGAACAUAUAACAUCCGCCUGGCAUAUAUACUCACUAUUGGAAUUGGGCUGUUUGUUACCUGCAUAAUGCUGAUCUACAGUGUGUUUAAAACACUAGGGACCAGUUCUCCCAUGUCAGUAUCUCAUGGCAACCUGGCUUUGAAGGUUUUUAGCUCCUGGGAUUUUAAAAUUAGCAAAAAGGUGUAUGUUCAACAGCUGUCAGAGAACAUCUGCACACACCUGAAGGUAAUGCUUUGUGAACUUCACAGUGGAAUUCCCAAAAGGAGGUUGAUGACCAGGCUGAUCUGGCUGGUUCUUCACUGCACUGCUUGGGCUAUUUGUUUGACCUGUAUUUUCUGCUGUGUGUUGGGUAUCUACAGGUUCUCUCAUGACAGAAAACAAUUCAGCAUGAAUUUGAUUUCAGAAGGGGACACACACUGGUUAAUAUUGCCACUUCUAGUUUGCGGAGUAAAUCAUCUGAUACCUUGUGUUUUCAACAUGCUGGCAUGGAUGGAGAGCUAUGAUUCAUUUAAUCUUCGCAUUUAUAUUGCCAUUAUAAGAAAUUUGUUUUUGAAAGUGAGUAUGCUUGGUGUUCUUUGUUACCACUGGCUGGACAGUAUCGCUGCUGGAAAAUAUGGAACAAACAAUGAGUGCUGGGAAACAUUUGUUGGACAGGAGCUUUAUCGUUUCCUGUUGAUGGAUUUCUUAUUUAGUGUACUGGACACCAUCUUUGGCAAUUUUCUUUGGAGUGUUUUCACCAGGAAAAUAUUAAGAAGAAAGAGAAAACCAGUAUUUGACAUUGCACUGAAUGUUUUGGAGCUCAUCUAUGGCCAGACCCUUGCCUGGCUUGGAAUACUCUUUUCUCCACUGCUACCUACACUUCAGAUUGUGAAACUGUUUCUUUUAUUCUACUUGAAAAGGGCUAGUUUGAUGAUGAACUACCAAGGCCCCCUGAAGCCAUGGAGGGCCACGCAGAUGACCACUAUCUUCAUCUCAAUUCUCUGUUUUCCCUCGUUUCUUGGUGCCACUGCAUGCAUCACAUACACAAUGUGGAGACUUAAGCCGUCAGCCACCUGUGGGCCCUUUAGGACACUUUCUAGCAUGUUUCUUGCUGGUAAGGAGUGGAGGAAGAGUCUGGAGAUAUCUAACCCUGGCCUGGCCUGGGUCAGCUGGAUAUACAUGUUACUAGGGAACCACAUCUUCCUCUUUAUUGUUGCAGGAAUUUUCCUACUCGUCAUUUACAUUCACAUUCAAGUUGGAGAUGGCCAAAGAAGAGUAACAACCUUGUUGCAAAAGCAAAUUGAAAAUGAAGUAGAAGAUAAGAAGUUCCUUAUAAGUAAGCUGCAGACUCUUCAUGAGCAACAUGAAUAAUGAUUAUAUACACACUGGCAGUCAAAAGAAAUCUAUGAGAUGCAUAUACACAGGUGUGUAGCUGCAGGGUGUGGUUCUGGCAUAAGUGUAUUAUUGUUUAUUUACACAGUCUAAUUAGUCUUUAAUUCUACAGUCUCUAAGAGUGCUGUAGGCAAGGAUAAUUUAAUUUCAGGUAAUUGUAUUUUAUUGGUUCAUUCAUGAUAAAAUUCUGAUACCAUUUAAACAGCUGCCAGAUUCAUAUUUGUUCAAAAAAGUUUCUGUUUGACCGAGACGAUAAUUUCUGUUAAUGUAUAUAGUAGGCUGUGAUGUAGCCAGUUGUCUCUUACAGUCAUAACACAUGGUUGUAUGGAAUGCUAAACCCUGAGACUGAUGUAUGUAAUUCAUUGUAUAUCAUUAUUUUGUCACUGUCGUAUUCUACACUGCUUUUAUUGCUUUUAAUGUUAAAAAGAUUUUAUUCUUUAUUUUUUUGUCAAGAUGCAUGUAUUAAAAUGUGUAAAAAAAUAAAAACAGUUUUUAACUGGUAUAAACAUA